CGAAAACCAAACUAGAACCUAAAACCCUAAAUUUCGAACAUUGAAAGUGCAACUGCCGCCGUGAAGCCACCGCAAACACUGUCAAGGCAAAAAUGGCGAAGUCGAUGAGAUGCAAGAGAGAGAAGAGGUUAAGGGCUAUAAAGAGAGAAAUCGUCGAGCCUUUCUACGAUAAGAAAGAUGCCGCCAAGCUCGCCGCACAAGAAGCCGCCCUUGCUGCCCCCAAGCUGCCCGUCCGCUAUCCUUCUACUUCUGCCAUGGAAAUCACGGAAAACGAUGCUACCACAUCUACUACAACUGCAAAUAUGGAGCUUGAGAUGACUGAGGGUAGCAAGGGUUCCUUGAAGCCUGUUGGCGGUGUAGGGAAGAAGUUGAAAAAGAAAUUCAAGUUGGGGAGAAACAAGCGUCUUGCCAAGGGCAAGUUCAAGGGCAAGAUCAGCAAGCGUAAAAUAUAAUCCUGUACAAGGGUAUUGGCUAGUGGUACAAUAUUAUCUUCCUGUAUUUCUUAGCAAUUAACAUGCAAAGUUUUGGUGUCACUGCUGUGUUACUUUGAUGUUUCCCUCCAUUAACUCGAGGCUUUUUGACCAUUCCCUUUAUUUCUGACUCUUCCUGCCUUUGAUUUUACUUUUUUUUUGAGAUAAUGCUAGAAUAUUUUCACAAUAUCAUGUUAUG